ACACUGAAGAAGGUGGCAGAGACUAUAGACUACUAGAGUCUCUAGAGAGAAAAAAAAAAACUACAUUUUAUCUUUGUUCUCAAAUUUUCUAGGGUUUCUGUUUUCUAUCAUCUCUGCAUUCUCGCUCUCUUCAAGCUUGUAUUUUGAAGAGAAGUGUCUUUGUGUGUCCACUCAAUGGCUUCUUCCGAUGAAGAGGGUGAAAUCAUCCCAGAUUGCAUCACAAAUUACCAUCUUGUGGAUUACAAGGAAGAACCCAUUUCAUUUUCCAGAUUGCCACUCCAAUGGAGUGAGGAUGAGAUCUCAGAUGAUUUGAGUAUUCAGCUAUUCUUACGUGGAACAGCAGAUGAUGGGCUUCAACAAAUCUAUAAGAAAGUCAUAGCAUGGAAGUUUGAACUUUCUUAUGUGCUGCCUGAGAUUUACUUGCUUUCCAAAGACAAAACUUGGAUAAAGCUUCUAAAGCCUAGGAAGAGUUUUGAGAGUACAAUUAAGACCAUCUUGAUCACAAUUCACUGCCUCCACUUCAUGAAAACAAAUCAAGAGGCAUCUAGAAAUGCUGUAUGGAACCACUUGUUGAAAGCUUUCAGCUUGUAUGAGAUCGAACCUUCUGAGAAUGAUCUUUUAGAUCAUUUGCCAUUAAUUAACGAAGCUGCAAUAAGAGACAAAGAGAUAGCAAAAUCUGAGUAUUUUGCUGCUCUUCUGGUGGAGCCUGGGAAAAGGAAAGCUUUCCAUGAGCAGGACAUUCAAACAACAAAGAAAUCUAAGUUUAUAGUUGAUUCUGCUGAUGAUGAUGAUGAUGAUGGUGAUGAAGAUGAUGAUGCUCAUGAAUUUGAUGAAAGGGUACUGUUUGAUUCUGUAUGUGCACUUUGUGACAAUGGCGGUGAACUUUUGUGUUGUGAGGGGAGGUGUACAAGAUCCUUUCAUGCAACUGUAGAUGCUGGAGCUGAUUCUCUUUGUGAAUCUCUUGGCUACACUGAUGCUCAAGUUGAAGCAUUUCAGAAUUUCCUCUGCAAGAAUUGUCAAUACCAGCGGCAUCAGUGCUUUGUUUGUGGCAUCUUGGGCUCUUCUAAUAAAUCUCCUGGUGCAGAGGUCUUCCCCUGUGUUUCUGCAACUUGUGGCCAUUUUUAUCAUCCAAAGUGUGUGGCAAAACUGUUUCACCCAUGUGAUGAAACUCAGGCAGAAGCAGUUCAGAAAAAAAUUGCUGCAGGAGAAUCAUUCAUAUGUCCUGCCCACAAAUGUUUUAUAUGUAAGCAAGGAGAAGAUAAAAAGGUUUAUGACUUGCAAUUUGCAUUGUGUAGGCGCUGUCCAAAGGCAUACCACCGAAAAUGCUUACCCAGGAAGAUUGCUUUUGAAGGUGAUGGUGAUAAAAAUAUCCACCAGAGGGCGUGGGAUGGUCUUUUGCCAAAUCGUAUAUUGAUAUAUUGCGUGGACCAUAAGAUCAUUCCACUGCUUGGGACUCCAGAAAGAAAUCAUAUUUUAUUUCCUGGUGUUGAUGGAAAAAAGAAGAGACACAGAAUAGAGUCACUAUCAGGAAAAGAGAAGGUGAUGGCAGAAAAGAGAAGUACAGUUUCUGUAAGUGUAACAGAAAGAACUGCAGCAAAGAUGCCAAAAAAGCUCGAGUAUGCUACUGUUACAGGUGGUGAAUCUCCCAAAGAACUUGAGAAAGGAUUUUUCAGACAAGGUUCUAUGUCAAAAGUCACUGAUGUCACCAUGAAAUCUUUGAGGACGAAUACUGUGUCUGUCCAGGCAAGAAUGUGUAAGCUUUCCACAACAGACAAAAACAAGUCAUCCUUUGGAAUUGAUCAUUCACUGCCGAUUAUGAGGUCAAAUACGGUUAUGCCUAAGCAGCAAAAUUUUCUCAGUGGUAAGACCAAGAGCACAAUAGCAGCUAUGCCUGUAAUGAAGAAAGUUUGCAUUACACAACCUUUAGGAGAUGAAGAAGAAAAGCGAAUAGUGGCAUUAAUGAAACGUUCAACUGCUUCAUUUAAUUUGGAAGAAUUCAUAAAAAACCAGGGAAUGUUAUCUAACAAUGCUGAUGCAUGCUCCUCAAGAUUUGUGGUGGACAAAACCAUGACAAAGGGCAGGGUGGAGGCCUAUGUGAGGGCUAUUCGAGCAGCCUUAAAGAAGUUAGAAGAAGGGUGUACUACCGGGGAUGCAAAAGAAGUAUGUGGACCAGAAAUUCUCCAACAGAUUGUCCGUUGGAAGGGAAAGCUGAAGGUCUAUCUUGCACCUUUUCUCCAUGGGAUGCGCUAUACAUCUUUUGGCCGCCAUUUUACAAAACUGGACAAGCUUAAGGAGAUAGUUGAUCGGCUCCACUGGUAUGUGCAAGAUGGGGACAUGAUAGUCGAUUUCUGCUGUGGUUCCAAUGAUUUCAGUUGCUUGCUGAGUAAAAAGCUUGAACAAAUGGGGAAGAGUUGCUCAUUCAGAAACUACGAUCUUAUCCAAUCUAAGAAUGAUUUCAAUUUCGAGAAGAGAGAUUGGAUGAGUGUCUGUGUAGAAGAAUUACCUGCAGGAUCUCAACUGAUCAUGGGGCUUAAUCCUCCUUUUGGGGUCCACGCAUCCCGUGCUAAUCAGUUUAUAGAAAAGGCUCUUAAAUUUAAACCAAAGCUCCUUAUUCUUAUUGUUCCACGAGAAACCAAACGACUAGAUGAGAAAAUCCCUCCAUAUGACUUAAUUUGGGAGGAUGGCGAGCUACUCUCUGGCAAGUCAUUUUACCUGCCUGGAUCGGUAGAUGUGCAUGAGCAGCAAAUGGAGCAGUGGAAUUGGAAGGCACCACCUCUAUAUCUUUGGAGUCGGUCAGAUUGGACUGCCCAGCACAAAGCAAUUGCACGAAAUCAUGGCCACUUAUCUAAGGAGCAAGCCGAAAAUGAUCAAAAAGCCGUCUCAAAUUACCUAAUGGAGGAGAAUCAAGAUUGUUAUGGUGAUUUCUCUGACAUAAUGGAUGGCUGUGGUGAUAUCUCUCGCAUAUUAGAUGAUGUUCCGGAAGAUUCUGAUGAUAAUGAAGGAGCUAGAGCAAAUGUCCCCAACAUGCAGCAGGAGAGCCCAUCUCCCUUGGUUGAUGGCUGUGGUGGGCCACCUCUCGAAAUUGAUGAGAUGUACAUGGACAUGGAACUGUCAACUCCUCCGAACUUCCCAUGUAAUGAUACACGUCUCAAAAGCUUGUCUGAAUGUCAACCAGAGGCGGGCCUUGAGACUUGGGCAGAAGCAAAUGCUGGUCAACGAGAUUUUGAAUACCUCCUCCAACCGAACCUUCAUGGACAUGGCUUGCAGUUUGGAACAGAAUACACAAUGUUCCAUACAGCUGUUCCAAAUGCCGUGGGAAGCAGUUACAACUGGUCAACGAGCACCAGUUAUGGUGUCGGCGGUAGAUCGCUCAAUGUCGGGGAUAAGCAUUCGGAUUAUGUCGAAUAUGCUGUGGAAAAUAUCCGUCAGAGCCGAUAUUGAGUGGAAAAUGUCUUCUCUUUUGACCUUGUUUCUUGUAGUUGUGUUGUGUUGCGUUGUAACUGAGGUGCAUUGAGAGUUGCUCACAUGCAGCAAAUGAACCUCAGGGUUGUGACAAGUUAAUUUAUAUUGUCUGCUAUGGUUGCAAUGAAAUCUUUAGAAGAGCUUGGU